GACUGCAGAACCUAGUAUACAACCAUAACAAUUAUUUAUUGGCUUGUUUACGCCUAUUACAGGCAUACGUGAGAAAGUCAUGUGUAACAUCAAUAAUAGUUUCGUAGUUCAAGUAUACGCAUGUGAUUGGAAAUGCUUGAAUAUUUUCGUAUGGUAACCAGUGGAGUUCUGCCACAAUCAUAUUCUAAGGGUCCCCGUCAGAAGAGUGUAGAAGGAGGGGAUAGUUCAGAAUCUGAGGAUAAUACUGUUAAUAAGAAGGUUGGGAGAAGAAGACUUCUACCAGAAGACAGAAAGAGAGCAAUCGAGAAGGAAAAGUCUAAAAAACCAAACCGAAGAAUCCUCAGAGAUACCCUGGGUUUUGGAUCUAAAACUAAGUUGAAAGAGGACUUGAACUUACCACGUAGACCAUCAUCAGAGUUCCCAGAUUUCGGAGAGGGAUACAAGGAUACACAGUCUAACAAGGGAGAAAUGAUGAAUCUGCAUCUAGCUGGAGAAGAUGAUGAUCUAUACUCUGGAUAUGGACGCCGAAUGUUUGAUCCCUUAAAUCAGGCAGCAACAAAAACACAUAAUGCUCCGGAGCAGCUGGUAAAACCUAAUGAAACCCCAGAGGAAAAAAUUAAAGUUCUGGAGAGAAAAAUCAGUUUACUGGUCGAAGAAAGCUGUAUGGCGGCAUCAAGAAGAGAAAACAAGAUUGCCCUUGAUAGAGCUAAAGAUGCAUCUGCCAAGGAGAGGAGUUUGAUUAGAUUGCGAGAGCAGGCGGGUCUAGCAGAUUCUUUGCACAAUGUACUGUUUAACCUCGCUACACAAUAUGAGAAUAAUGAUAUGUUUACUGAAGCUUUAAACACUUACCAGGUUAUCACUAAGAAUCGAAUGUUUAACAAUGCCGGUAGGCUGAAAGUGAAUAUGGGAAAUAUAUACUUUAAGACUGGACAGUUUAGCAAAGCGAUCAAAUACUACAGAAUGGCUCUGGACCAGGUUCCAAAUACACAGAAAAGUCUCAGAAUUAAGAUUAUGCACAAUAUUGGUAUUCUGUUCGUCAAGAUGGGACAGUACACUGAUGCAUGUACUUCAUUCGAGUGGAUUAUGUCGGAGCAGGCAAAAAUCGUCAGCAUAGGGCAGAAGGUGGAGGAUGAGGAUAAGUAUCUACCUGUAAAUGAUGAUCCAAUGUCUCAUCUUAUCCUUGAAGCAAUUAAAAAUGAUGAACUGAGAAAGCUGGCAAACGAUCUUGAAAUCAAUAAAGCUGUCAUGUUCUUGAAGCAGAAGGAUUUUAACCAGGCCAUUGAUACACUAAAAGGUUUUGAGAAGCAAGACACCAAGGUGGCGAGUACAGCAGCAACCAAUCUUUCAUUCUUAUACUUUCUACAGGGCGAAAUAGAUCAGGCUGAGAAAUAUGCGACGCUAGCCAGAGAAUCAGAUUCUUACAAUGCAGCAGCAUUCGUUAAUCUAGGGAACUGCUGCCUAAGAAAGAAUGAUGUAGAAAAAGCUAAAGAGCUGUAUAUAAUAGCUCUAGAAAAUGAUGCUUCUUGUGUAGAAGCUCUUUAUAACCUUAGUUUGUGUAAUAAAAAGUUGGAACUCUAUGAAGAUGCUCUGGAAGGAUUUUUUAAACUGCACAGCAUUGUCAGGAACUACAGCCAGGUUGUUUACCAGAUUGCAAAUGUUUAUGAGCUAAUGGAGGACUCAGACCAGGCUACUGAAUGGUAUUUACAGUUACUGGGUUUAGUCCCAACAGAUCCAUCCAUUCUUCAGAAAGUUGGAAACAUAUUUGAUAACGAAGGAGAUAAACAGCAAGCAUACCAAUAUCAUUAUGAUUCCUACAAGAACUUUCCUUCUAGCCUGGACACCAUUGAUUGGCUGGGAUCAUACUUUAUAGAGAUGCAGGUUGCUGAGAAAGCAAUUGUAUAUUUCGAGAGAGCAGCAUUGAUGCAGCCUGAUGAGGUUAAAUGGCAUCUUAUGAUAGCAAGCUGCUACCGAAGAUCUGGAAACUACCAUAGAUCCCUGGACACAUAUAGAUCUAUACAUAGACGCUUCCCAGACAAUAUUGAAUGCCUGAGGUUUCUCGUCAAAAUAUCAUCAGACAUGGGUCUCAAGGAGGCAGGGGAUUAUGCUGUGGAAUUGAAGAAAGCAGAACGUGCCAAGGGUUUACAGGAGCAGAGAGCAAUGAGCUCUAGACCUGGAUCUAUGCGUAAUUCUGGCCGGUCAAGACAAGGGUCUGCAGGAGGGGACCUUAACUCCCCUGGAGGUUCUAGAACCCCCUCUAGGGGAGGAAAUAGUGCUGGAAGUGUCCCGAGCAGACUCGCUUUGGACGAGGAGGAAAGCUAUUCACCUAAAGCUAAGGUAUUAUUAUAAAUAUUAUUAUUACUAUUUUAGAUACGCUCAGU